AUGGUAGAGAUAAUUCCAACGGUUGAAUAUGUUUUUUGUGUGGGAGAUUUCAAUAUGAACUACCUCAAUAAGUCCACUACUGAAAUGAAACUAUUUUUAGAAAUUUUGGAGAGCUUCGGCUUGAAACAGAUAGUCAAUGAACCUACUAGAACAACUCCGAAUACAUCAACCUUAAUUGAUUACAUCUUAACAAACAACACUGACUUGAUUGUUAAUACAGGGGUUAUCCCAGUUCCGGAAAUAAGUGAUCAUGAUUUAGUUCAUUGCGUUAUUAAUCUGAAAGUCGAAAAAACAGGACCCAUUUUCAAAACUUCCAGGGAUUUCAAACAUUUAGAUUAUGAUAGAUUUAAAACGGAUCUCAUUUCUAUACCUUGGAAUAACAUAUACGAUAAACCGACAGUUGAUGAAAAAGUGGAAUUUUUGACAUCGAAUAUAAUAGCUCUAUUAGACUUGCACGCACCUUUCAAAACAUAUAAAAUUUCUAAAAAAUAUGCACCGUGGCUCACUGAUACUUUGAGAGAUAUAAUUCAUACAAGAAACCGGGCAUUAUCUAAAUUUAAAAAGACGAGGCAAGCUAAUGAUUGGAAUACUUACAAAAAUCUCAGGAAUAUAGUUACUCAGGCGGUUAAAAAAGAAAAAAAUAAUUAA